AUGUCAACUUUACCUCACAGCAAGAAGCGUGUUUGCUACUACUAUGACAGUGAUAUAGGCAAUUACUACUAUGGGCAAGGACAUCCUAUGAAGCCACAUCGUAUAAGGAUGACACAUAAUUUACUUCUCAAUUAUGGUCUCUACAGGAAAAUGGAGAUAUAUCGACCUCAUAAAGCUACUGCAGAUGAAAUGACAAAAUUUCACAGUGAUGAAUAUAUUAGGUUUUUAAGAUCCAUAAGGCCUGAUAACAUGUCCGAAUAUAACAAACAAAUGCAAAGAUUUAAUGUAGGAGAAGAUUGCCCAGUUUUUGAUGGUUUAUACGAGUUUUGUCAAUUAUCAGCGGGUGGUUCUGUAGCUGCUGCUGUGAAACUUAAUAAACAAGCUUCUGAAAUAUGUAUAAAUUGGGGGGGAGGAUUACAUCACGCCAAAAAGAGUGAAGCAUCUGGCUUUUGUUAUGUAAAUGAUAUUGUUUUGGGAAUCCUGGAACUGCUCAAGUAUCAUCAAAGAGUUUUAUAUAUUGAUAUUGAUGUUCAUCAUGGAGAUGGUGUAGAGGAAGCUUUUUAUACCACCGAUAGGGUGAUGACAGUUUCUUUCCAUAAAUAUGGUGAAUAUUUUCCUGGUACAGGCGAUCUCCGUGAUAUUGGUGCAGGAAAGGGAAAAUAUUAUGCAGUCAAUAUCCCGCUAAGAGAUGGGAUGGACGACGAAAGUUAUGAGUCAAUAUUUGUACCUAUUAUUUCUAAAGUGAUGGAAACUUUUCAACCUUCUGCUGUUGUUUUACAAUGUGGUGCUGAUUCCUUGACAGGAGAUAGAUUGGGUUGCUUUAACUUAACAGUUAGAGGUCAUGGUAAAUGUGUUGAAUUUGUGAAGAAAUACAAUUUGCCGUUUUUAAUGGUCGGUGGUGGUGGAUAUACAAUAAGAAAUGUCUCGAGAUGUUGGACGUACGAAACAUCGGUAGCUCUCGGUUCCGAAAUUGCGAAUGAGUUACCGUAUAACGAUUAUUUUGAAUACUUUGGACCUGAUUUUAAACUGCACAUUAGUCCUUCGAAUAUGGCGAACCAAAACACACCUGAAUAUCUUGAAAAAAUUAAAACCAGAUUAUUUGAAAACUUGCGAAUGUUACCACAUGCACCAGGCGUACAAGUUCAACCCAUCCCAGAAGAUGGUGCGGUUAUCGAAGAUUCAGAGGCUGAGGAAAAAGUAAAUCCAGAUGAACGAUUACCACAACGAGAUCUGGAUAAAAGGAUACAACAUGAGAACGAAUAUAGUGAUAGUGAGGAGGAAGGAGAAGGAGGGCGAAGAGACAAUAGAUCAUUUAAGGGUUCCCGAAAACGACCACGUUUAGAGAAAGGUCAAGAAGGCAUAGAGGGUGAUCUCAAAAAAGAAGAAGACAUAAAAUCAGAACCAAAAGAAAAUGAAAAAGACGAGAAAGGAAAUAUUACAAACGAAGAAACGAAGAAAGAUGGCGGGGCGAAUCCCUGAUAAAUGUCUAUCUGUUGAACAUUUAAGAAAUUGGAAAAAGUCCUUAUUUAAAUCAAGUAUAGAUAAGUAUAGGUAACUUAAGUCAUGAAACAAAACGAUGUUCGCUGCCUCGAACUCAGUAUACGAUUCGAAAUUUUCAUUAUUCUGAUUCAGAAUUCUUGCGUUUCGAUGGAAAUAUUAGCAUGCAUUGAUUGAAUUCGUGGUAAGCGACAUUGUUAUCGCGUACACGUAUGAGCGUGUAAUUGACUCCAAGCGCUCUGCAAUUUUAAUUGCUGACUUAUUAAAUUUACAGACGUUUUCCGAUAUUCUUAAAUUAACAGUUCACCGAAUGAUCGACUCUUGAAAUAUUUUUCGAAUUGAAUAGUAUCUUGAACAGUCUGUCUAAUUUUGUGAUUUGAUUAAAACCAUUUUCAUAUCCACGUAUACCAACGAAUGUACCCACUGAGUCAGUCAAAUGAAAGCAGGAACAUUAAUUAAUAAGACAAUUUUCACCGAGAUGAAAACUAUAUUUUAUAACAUUCAUUCGACGCUUCCAAUGAAAUCAUAGAAUAAUGACAGACGAUACUUCAAGAUAUGUCAGAUUUACAAUUAGUACGUCGUGAUGAAUCAAGUAAAUACAUAAAAAUUAUUAGUAACAUUUUGGACGGUACGUGUCCCAUUUCUUCUUAACCAUUACUCGCAAUGUGAUCUUGAUAAAAUCGUUAAUUAUGCGUGAUCUAAAAUCGAAAAAGUGACUGUACCGCGAGCAAGUAUUAUGGAUUAACAAAUUUUUUUGCUUCCUAUUCUUGUACAUAACAAAGAAUGAGGUUUAAACGAAAUCUUACAUGCAAUAAUACAUAUACAUAUACAUAUAUAACUACAUAACGAUAUUCUUUUUGAUAUAUAAAGUAUUUUAUUUUAUAUGAGAGAAGUUGAUCUAAUCAAUGAAGAAGAAAGUUUGAUGAAAUUAGGAAAAACGGUCAAUGAACAUACUAAAUUCGGGUGUAGAUUGUAGAACUUUGAUUAUAACUUAACCAGAAGUAAUUUUAAGUGUUUAAUAUUACGAAUAUGAUUUGCUCGAUUUAUAUUUCUGUAUUAAAAUUGUAAAAACAUUCUUGUUCAGAAAAGAAAGAAAUGGAAAAAAGAAAUAGUGUUACCCUCCAAACGCGUUUCGGUAGAACUUGACGCGAGAAUAAAAAAAAAAUUGAGAACUUUGUGUAUAUAAAAUUGAAAUCUUUAAGCCUCAAGAAUAUUUCAGAAGAAAACUAAACUUGUCAAAUUGUACGACGACAGAUCGAAAGAGAAAUAUGUCGAUUGAUCUAGUUGUAAUUACUACCAUUACUUGUAAUUAAUUAUCCAUCACCACGCAAAGACAAAUUCAAUAUAAUAUUACGUAUAUCUAAGUCGAUUUGAGAUAGAUCAAUUACGAUAUAUAUGUAUAAAUAUAUAUAUAUAAACAAAACACAUGCACACACGUACACACACAGGUCACACAAACAUACAC